AAAAAUAAAGAAUUAAAGACUUUUUAUGGACUGUCAAAUAGAACAAUUUCAAAUUGGUGUUUGUGUUAAAUGCAAUAAAACUAAAAGAAAAGUAUAAAAACAAUCUAUUAAAAAACAAAGUUUAGAAGAAAAAACAAAAAAUUCUCAAUAAUGUCAAAGAACGCCGAAGAUGCGUUCAAAAAACUUCAUAAAACCGCCUAUGAGCAUAUAACUGAAGACAUAGUUGAUUGGUGUAUACGCAGCGAUGCAUAUAGAAAACCAAAAAUUUCUCUAUCCACAUCGGCAACAACACCACAAUCUCCAUCAUCACAUCAACAAAUGAAGAGGCGACGAAAAAAGAAGAAUAACUCCACCCUAUCGCCGGCAUCAGUAGUUGCUGCUAUAACACAAGACACAUCACAAUCAUCACCACCACCAUCACCACAACCAACAACACCCCUAAUUUUGUCAUCGGCAACAUUCAAUAACAAUCAUCUGCAGCAUUUGUAUCCACUGAAUAUUCCAGACAUUGCCACAGCCGCCGCCGCCGAAAGGAAGGCCACCACCAGAUCCUCUCAUAUUUACCAGCAGCACAAUAAUUCCAUCAACUAUGGCAACAGCAACACUCUAAACCUGUACUAUUUGUAUGGGGACUCCCUGGCCCGUUGUGGCCAGUUGCGUGAGGCCUUCGAUAUUUAUGCAUUUAUAGCGAGCAAUUAUCUAGACGGGUGUAUUCCGUUAGCGCGUUUAAAAGUUCUCUCGUCCACAUUGAUCGAUUACAUAAGCAGUACCUCGGCAACAGUAGCAGCUUCGAAAACAACCACCACCCCUGCCACGGUUGCCCCUGCAAUUCGAAGGGUAGCCAGUAGCAGUCUUGCUAUGGAGACUAAUUCUACGAUCGGUGGCGGUGCAAUGGCAGCUUCCACUGUGCCGAUGCUUAGUACAAACACCAACAGUUGUGAUCGAGUGAGAUUUUCUAAAAAUAAACGUAUUCAGCGAUACUGGAAAGAUGGUGGCGGAGGUGGAGGUGGCGGCGCUAGCAAUGGUAGUGGGCGAUUCAGCCACGAUGUGACGGGACUAUGUGACGAGAGUCAUGUAGAUUUCUGUGACGUUAUGCCAAAUGACGUCACCGCCCAGAAACAACAAAAUUCUGUGACAAUUGAGGCCGAAUUGGACCCACUGAUGUGUCCUCAAUGUCGAGACAUCCUUCGGUGUCCAGUGACGGCAAAUUGCGGCCAUAGCUUUUGUCGGGAAUGCUGUGAAGCAGCAACCAUGUGCCCUGUGUGUCGCAUCAAAUUUCCAACGUCAUUUACUCCCGCAUCUGCUGCAGCAUCAACCGAAUUCCCGCCGUCGUCGUCUGACCAAAUGAUGGGCGGCUCGUUAUACAAUUCCAAUACAAGUGCGUCACAAUAUAUGAACUUUACUUCCGAUAGAGGAGCGCCAAGAGCUAUCACCAAUACAGCCGCUCUAUUGCAUAACACAACCAGCAGUAGCAGCAGUAGUAGCAGUACCAGCAAUGGUGGCAGCAUUGGAAAUUAUCAUCCGCAUGCCAACGGCAAUAAUAAUAUUUCAAUGAAAUUCAUGCCGGAUGUGCUCGUCAGGCGUCUGGUGGAUAAAUGGUGGGGUGCCGAUUUGCAGGCCAAAACAAUCAACGAAAGGGCAGCAAGUUUCUUGAGCUUGAAUCUUCUCGAUGAUGCCCUAAAGUUCUGCAAUGUCAGUUUGGAAAAAUGUCCCAACAAUUUCAAUAGUCUAUUAUUACGGGCCGAAGUUCUAAGAAGACUAAAUCAUUACCAAAGUUCUUUAGCAGAUAUUGACAAUGCUCUGCGAAGAAAAUCCUCAUCAGCGAAGGCCCAUUAUCAUCGUUCACUGGCACUUUGUGGAUUAGGCCGUUUAAAUGAAGCACUUGUUGACCAUUGUCUGGCAGUUGGCUUGGAUAAUAAAAAUUCCCUGCUCUCUUCAACUGAACUUUUUCAACAUGAUCUCGCCAAGCUCCUGCAAAAACUUUUGGCACAAUCUCCAAAGAAAAUCCAUCUCAACUCGUUGUCGUCUGCGUCGUCGUUGUCAGCCUCAUCGUCCAAUUCAGCGCCCUAUGAUAUUGUCCUCGAAAGUCGGCAAAGGAGAAAACAGAUUGGAUUACAACAAGGCAUCAUCUAUAAAGGGGACGAGUCCAUUCUAAGUGGUGCUGAUGAUGCAACCACAGACUGUGACCUUCUGCGGCAAGGCUCACGGAAACAUUGUCGCAGAAAAUCCUAUAGUAUUAGUCGCAGACAACAACAACAAAAACCAGCAGUCGCAUCAACACCAACAACAACAAAAUUGGUUAAUUUUUUUGGAAGCUCACUUUUCGAUAGUGUUUUGGAAAGAACUCAACAAGAAGUACAAAGAAUCAAAGAAUCAGAAUCAAAUUUAAGUCGAGAAGAAAGACACCUACUUCCAGUUAAUCCUAAUCUUAUCGAUGCAUCAGAUUUCGAUUGUGUCCUGUGCUGUCGGACUUUUUGGAAGCCCGUUGUAACGCCCUGCGGUCACACCUACUGUUGGGUAUGCUUGGACCGAUGCAUGGAUUACUCACCCUCGUGUCCAUUGUGUAUGUCGCCACUUGUUGAACAGCAUGUGAAUGUAUUGCAAGGCUCAUCCUCACCAGUUCCUUUCAUUCUGGCCAAGAGGCCAGUUACAAAAUUUCUUGAAGCAGCCAUGAAACGAUUCAUUCCAGAAUGCUAUGAAAAGCGUUUCCAACAGGAAAUGGACCUGGAGCCAUCGGUUCCGGUGUUUAUUUGCACCACAGCAUUUCCACAUGUUCCCUGUCCAUUAUUUGUCUACGAGCCAAGAUACCGACUUAUGGUGCGACGAGCUGUAGAAUCGGGCGAAAAACAAUUCGGUAUUGUCCAGCCACACAGUGGCAAGUCGAGGUAUUUUGAUGUGGGUACAAUUCUUGAUAUACGAGAUUGUGUGCUGUUGGGUGAUGGUUGCUCGAUAUUAAGUACUGUCGGAUGUAAGAGAUUCAGGAUACUUGCCAGAAAUGAAAAGGAUGGCUAUGAGACAGCCAAAGUUGAAUAUAUCUACGAUGAGAUUAUAACAGAGGAUACAGUUCCAUUUAUUAGUAGUAUGCAUGCGUCAGUGCUAAGUAAGGCGAUUGAAUGGUAUGAGAGUUUGGGAACAGAAAUUAAAGAGGAGAUCUUAAGGAGCUUUGGUGGGAUGCCAGCGGUUGAGGAUAAUUGGGAGAGUAUUGCCGAUGGACCAGCGUGGGCAUGGUGGAUAAUUGCUCUGCUGCCAUUAAAUCAGCAGUUGAAGGUGGACAUUCUUGCUACAACCAGCUUAGAAAAACGCUUACGUGCCAUUGAAAAAACUCUCGAUUGUAUGUCCGGAACAUUUAAACGUUCACAACAAAGUUGUGUUGUUGUUCAUCGUGAAUGCAUUCAGCCAUGUCAAGCUAUUGAAUGCUGUCAACGUUCCUCAUCUGAAUUGUCCAGCAGUAGUGAUUCACACACACCAAGUGAACAUUCACAUUUAAUGCUUUAGUUCCUGAUGAAUGGCUCUAUGUUCUAAUAUAAAUUUAAAAAAAAAUACCAACCGCAAAAAUAAACUACUAUAUUAACUAAAAUUGACCAUAACACUACACAUCUAAAAAUUAGGUUUAUUAAUUUUAUUUUUUUUUUUUCAUUUUUUUUUUUUACAAUUAAAAAUAAAAUUACAAAUAGUACACUAAUAUUAUAAAAAGAAAAAUUUAAUUAAAUAAGUGUUGUAAUAGUAAAGUAUGUAUAACUAAUUUUUAAAUAAAAAACUAAACAAAAAAAAAAAAAAGAAAAUCAACCAACUUUAUAGCUUUAGGGAUGUUCUAGCCCGCGCGCGUCUGAGCCGUUGUCAUCCUAUACAUACAAUUAUUAUUCUUAUAUUCGAUGUAUAAUCCAAAAAAAACAAAACUCGUGUAUUCGUAAAUUCGUAUUCUUCUCAUCUUUUUAGUAUUCUUUUUUCUUUAUAAAUUUAGUAAUUUUUUCUUCUCGUCAAAACGUAGGAACACAUCUUGGGGGCCAAAAAUAAAAAAAAAAAUAUUAUUAAAUUAAACAAAAAAAAAAUUCUUAUAACCAAAUUGUUUCCAAACAAAUUAAAAAAAAAGAAAAAAAAAAUAUAAAAAUUAUAACUUACAAACAAUCAAACUUUUAGAGGGAAUUAUAUAUAGAUAAAUAAAAUUAUAUAUAUAUAUACAUUUAUAUUUAUAUAUAAACAAAAUAUUUAUGCAAAUUUUAGCUAGAUCUUUCUCUUACUAUUACAAAAUUUGUUAUCCAUAUUAUAUAUACUUAUAUCAACAAAAACAAAAAAAAAUAGAUAUUUUUACUAAAAAAAAACUAAACUAACAAAAUAAAAUUAAAAAAAAAAAAAUAAAUGUUAACAAUAGCAAAAUGUUUAAUUGGUUCAACUUAUUCCACAGUACAGAAUUUAUACAUUCCGAUAAAAAAAUUAAUUUAAACAAAACAAAAUUAUAUAAAUUAACAAAAACAAAAAACAUAUACCUAACCAUUAUCUAUAAUGUAGGGAAGUAUACUUGUAUCUUAUAGAUGGUGUAGUAAAAUAAAUGUAUGUGAAUAUUCUAAAAGAAAAAAAAAAUUAUAUUCUAUAUUGUACAGUAUAUCUAUAUUAUAUAUAUUUUGUAUAUGUCAAAAAAUAGUCUCGUUUAGCCAAUGAACUACACGGUUUCCAAAAUGUGUAACAUAAACAAUUAUUAUCCAUUAAAUGUUCUCAGAAUGAUUUAAAACUAUAAAACAAAAACAAAAUUUAACAUAAAAUACAUUUUCCAAAAAUAAAAUAAAACAAAAAAACACACAAAUAGAAUAAAAAUUCAAAAAAAAAAAAUAAAAAUAUUAUCGACGGCAACUGAAUGACAAUCUCGUGUUAAAGCGCCAUCGCGUUCGUUUCUAAUCGUGUUGUAUAGCGCGCGUACAAGCGUAAAUAAACAUUUCUUAAAUACAAAACAAAAAUAUAAUAGUAAAUAAUAAUACAAAAUUUGCAAAAAUGACUCACAGAUAAACCAGAAAAUAAAUUCACACUUCUACUAAUAUGCAUAGUUACAAAUAAAACAAACAACACCAUAUUAUAAAAUUUAUUAACAAAAAAUAAUUGCUAAAUGAAAAUUUAUGUAAAAAAAAAAAAACUUUUUAGUCUUUUUGUCCUCCUCCAAUAUUAUUCAUUCCCAAGA